AUGGAUAAUUUUUAUCUAAAAAUCUGCGAGCAACCAAUCAAAUGGAAAAAAGAUCCGAAAAUUCCACUCUACACUAGUCAAAAAGAGAAUUUAGACCUCAAUUGGAAUGAUUUUGAGAUCCUUUACAGACAAUGUUAUGAAUAGGAAUAGAGUUCAAACGUUACUAAUAUUAUUAAAAACAGCUAGGAUUUUGAACUUAAUAUCAAUGUAAACAGACUAAUAAGAACAAAUAAUCAGAGUAGUUGGAGCGAAAUCAUUGAAAAUGAAAAUAUUCAAAAGAUUAAUGAUGAUUAAAAAUAUAAAUAGGAAGAAUGUCAUUAAAAACCUGUACUAAAGAGAAGUAACACCUCCUUUCGAACCCAUAAUAAAUCCUUCACUUAAUUGAUAUCAGAAAAUGAGAAACUUAAGCGUUAUAGAAAUAAUAAAAGGAGUGUUAAGACUCUUUCUAUGAUGUCUUUAAAAAGAUCACUCUUUACACCUAUUUUGAAAAACAAUUUUAAGUAUGGCUUCAAAGAAGUUCAGAUCAAAUACUUGAAUUCAGAUUAUAGUAAGAUGAUUAUAGUUGAUGAAAAUAUAUUGGUUUGCGAAUUAAUUGUUUUAGCAAUUUAAGAAUUUCAAAGAACAUCAAACUAUGAUCAAAAUUUGCUAAAGUACUCAAAUUUUUCCUUAGCUUAUAAAUUGACUAGUUUAGAUGAUUAUUUUGACUUUUCCAAUUCCUAGGCAGAUAGUGUAAUAGAGGAUAAAACUCAAUAAUAUUAAGAAUUUCCUUACGUGAUAGAUGAAGAGAAUUCAUUUUCAAGCAAAAAGAUUGAUUUAGAUUUGGGUUAGAAAAUAUUCUAUAAAGUUUUAAUUCUAGAAGUUGUGGAUAAAAUUAAAUAUGGUAUAGAUUUAUAUACAAUUGAAAUAACCAAAAAGCAAUUUCCUAAUUCGAUAAUUUUGUUAGUUGAGGAUACAAAAAAUGAGAUAUUUUAUAAUCUAAAUAAUCAUUUAGAUGCAACUCUAGAAGAUAUUUAUAACUAGUUGCAAAGAAGAUCUGGUAAUAAAUACAACAAAAAUGACUGGUAUUUUAAUUUGAAGUUUCCUUGUAUUAAUAUUGAUUACAAAGAACCUUUGCAUUUUCAAUUCCCUCUUCACUUAUUACCUAUUCAUUGGCUAUAAAUAUCAUUCAAAUUUGACAAUAUUCAUAAUACAGCAGCUGGAAGCAUAAGAGAAUUAUACAACUAAUCAGGAAUCAAAGAUUCUUUUAUAAUAUCUUAAUCCUUAACUGACAUGAAUUGUCAAAUAGAAAAGAAACUCGAAAUGUUCAAUUAUAAGGAGUUUAAGGUGAUUAAGUUAGAGAAUGACGGGUAUCAAAAUGAAGUGGUGAUUGGAAUAGAUUAUUUUGAUUUUUAUUUUUCUUAUUUGACCAAAAAGAAUUCUAAAUUUUCCCUUUAUAAACUUGCAAAAUGUUUUGUUCAAAUUGUAUUGGAAAAUUAUCAGUCUGGACAGACAAAAGAUUACAAGAGAAUACCAACUUCAUCAAUACUUUCUGUAUUGUUACAGGAUAACUAGAAAAUAGAGAUUAAAUAUCAAAAAAAUGAAGAUAAAGUUAAAAAAUUAAAAUUCAUUUUACCCAAAAGAGAUGAAUCAGAAGAAGAACCUCAAAAAAAGGAUGAAAAGAUUAUAAAUAUUAAUGAAAUUGUUCAGAAGUUAUCCUAUAUCAUUGAGUAAAGAAGAAUUAGUCCAACUUAAAGAAUUAAUUGA